CCCCCGCCCUCGCAGCUCAGCUUUCGAUUCGUAUCACAAGGGAAGCAACAACCGCAACAACAACAACAAAAACAGCAAAAUAAGCAACAGCAGCAACGAUGCAAUAACAACGGCAACGUGGAAACGAGCGGUGCCGAAAAAUACUACGACUGUUUGCAAUGCGGCGAAGAAUGCCGACACGUGAAAAACAGCGCCGUUAGCGUUACCGGUGUUAAAAGAGCCCCGGAGCAGCAAACGGCGACCGACAAUUCGUCAAAUUAUGCCGUUCAAACCGGCAACAAGAACAACAGCGUCGGAGACUGUGUACCGAAGAACAUCAAUAUUACUGUCAACAGCAAUAGCAACAACAACAAUCCGAAUUUGCUACUUCCGGCAACCCCUCUGGCGUCGAAAGGCGAUUCUUUAUCACGCCCGGCGAUAUUCAUGACAAGAAAGCUCCCCCAAACGCCGGCGAGGAAACGUUCGUCUUUGGCACGUCCAGUUCGCGUGCACGACUCUUUUGUACAACCGAAAAUAACGUCGAAUUACAACAGCUAUUAUCAGCAGCCUAACGAUAAUUAUAACGCCUAUAACAAUUUUGAAAGUAACAAUUUUGAACCAACUACGCAGUGGCCUGCGCGUAUCAGACUAGAAGAGAUGAUCGACUAUUCGCUACCUCAAUCUCAGAGUAAAGAUAACUUCAAGCGGAGCUUUAAGGACACUGAAAAGUUGCUAAAUAAGGUAAUUAGCGGCAACAAUGUGGACCAAGAUGUAGAUAGCGUAAAACGAUGUUCCCUCAUGUAAGAAAAAAAAAAAAAAAUCAAGAAAAAACACAAAAAAAAAAACAAAAAACAAAAAGAAAUGGAAAAGAGAUCCCUACCAAUUAUUGUACUCGUCUGUAUACCGUUCUUAUAUACCUAUUAUUACAUUAAAUUAUACGAUGAAUUUUUAUAGCCAUAUACCCUUUGUACCCGACGCCUGUGCCGCGAUUACUUUCCCCCCCCCCCCCCUCAUUGACGACAAAAAUCUCAACGACAUCUUGAGACGUAAUGAACAAUUUAGCCAAAUCUCUCUCGAAUCGACGACGAUCACGAUUGGAAGCAGGUGCAUUUGGCGUCGCAACUUCCUAACUUGAGUUAUUUUUCAUCCGCACUCUCUUAUUACCUUGAUCUUGAUGUUUCAAGAGCACCCCUAACAAAAAAAAAAACACCCUACACAAGUAUAUACUCGGAAAUAUUCCUUUGCGGUGAAGUCAAGUUUAAUUGUUUCCACUUACACAUUUAUGUUACAUGGUAAAGUUUGCAUAUCUUUGCGAAAUUUUUCCGCUUGCUUAUCCGAUUUAUGCGAGCUAGCGUUACACGCAGCCUUCGAUUCGAUUCGAAUUUUAACCGGAAUUGAUAGCACAGUGCGGGGAAAAAAAAAUGUCGUCGGAUUUCCAACUUCGCGUCGCUCGAUAAUUUUUCAUGCGUAUAAUUUGCGACUUUCUAUUUCGCUGAUUUCUCGCGAAUUCGAGCUUGCAACGGGAGACGCUAGUUUUUUUCGCUUUGCGAGUUUCGCGCGUUUCGAGUGAACACUUUCUUUUAGCGUAUAGGAUCGUUAAUAAUCACGAAUGUGAUGUAAAGCAAAGUAAUACUAUCCGAGUUAUUCUUCAAAGUUUAUUAUACGAAUCAAACCGUACAUAGCAUGUGUAUAUCUAUCGUCAUAUAAGAAUGAAGUUAUAUUAUCUUGAUAUGUCGUAGGUAUUUAUAACGAGUGCCCUUUCCUUGUUAAAAUCGUAUACACAUUAUACAUUAUAUAAUACGUCUAGAUGUAUAAGUGAGUAUUCCCCAAAAAUAAAAUGAAAAAUGAAUAAAAACCAUUUAAAAAAUAUAAAAUAAAACCAUGCCCAGUAUUUUUUAAGUAUUAAAGGCAAGGAAAACUUGUAUCGUUGUGCCCAUCUGUUAGAUUAAUAUACCAUAUCUAUAUAUACUCUCUUUACACAGGUUAGUGUAAGUGCCUAUCAAAGAUUUUGAAAUUUUAAGAGGAAGAAGAAUUAACAAACUAUAGAAAAAUGAGAAAUUAAAAAUUUCCAUUCGGAUAACUUUGACUGUCGAGGGCAAAGCGUCGUUACGAAACUACGUGACGAUGAGAGGGUGGAGGGAUAGGCGAGAGGGUUGGUGACAACUCGAUCCAUAAUUUAAUUAACGGGUGGCGUAUUAUGUAAUAAAAUGAUAUGAUAUAAUAAUUUUGGUGCUGAUGCUUGGUGAAAUAGACGAAUCAAAAAAAUCUUUGAUUGUGCACGUAACGUGGUGUAUAGGAAAAUGUAUUUAUUCAAAUUAUAGACUGCACGAAAUAUACAUGGGGCAUUCCUCGUCAAACCGAAGACGUCCCAAUUUACCGGUUUCUGAUAGCGUUCGAAAUUUUUUUAAACUUAUAAUUUAUCCAAACCAAAACCCGGACCCAUGAGCAUUUUUUAUUCGGAGCUCUCAUUUUUUAAUCAUGCAUUCCUCAAAAUUCACGUUUACUACAAAAAAGAGAAUUUGGAUGUUCGUUUUCUGAAUGACAGCCCAAUCUAGAGAGAAAAUUAUGAGGCCUUGAGCUUUACGGAAAUCCUUUGCAUUUUUGGCGUCAACGAAUUUGACGCUACAUUGAUAAAUUACACAAAGAAUUAAUUUUUGAAAAACCCACAACUUCGAUUUGGGGUAUUUUACGCCCAACAAAAGUGGUGGAAUAGACAAAAUUUUCCAGACCAGAAUCAAAGUCUGCGCUCGAUUCUACGAGCUCUCAUUCACAAAAUUGUGAAAGUGGAUUACUUUUUUUCACUUUAAAUAGAAUCUGUAUGUAAGACUUUCCACGUUAGACGUAUGCCAACGAAAACUCGUCGUGAAAAUGUCAAUUUCAUCGUCAAAUUUCGAUCAUUCGUUCCGAGCUCAAGCGCUUCCGAUUUCCUUCGUAUUUCUACCGCUCCGCGGCGUACCGCUCCGUGGCGUACCGCCGCGUCUCAUCUCUUUGCGCCGUGCUCACGCCCCGUUAAGCUUUCUCGCAACGGAAUCCCUUUCUAAAAAGAAUCACCCAAAUGCAGUCGGCAGAUCAGUCGGUUACGAGCUUCAGCUCGGUCGUCUCAAGGCGAACCUACGUCGCUUUUCGCGACACCCAAUUUUUACACGUGCGUCGGGCUCUCCGACAGCCGGCACGUGCCGCAACUUAAACAUAAUUUAUAGCUUUUUAAUAGACGAGGUGUGAAAUUCCUUUCCUGAUGUUUUUCUUGCUCCUAUUGUGAGCAGGUGUCGGACGAGCUGUCAUCACCUGAUAAAGAUCUUGUUCACACCUCUUAAUUCAAUUAUCCCUUCCAUCCACCUGAUCGGCGGCAUUCCCUUCCGGUAUGUCUACGAAUUUUAGGUGACCGCAAACCAUAUAAGGAAGUAAAUAUGUGAAAAUUCAGUACAUAUUUAAACGGUUCAGAGUACAUUCAAGGAGUUCAAUUCUGUCCCAUUCUGCCAUACUAAAGCAUAAGCCUGUUACUUCAGAAUUAGAGGCACCGGGUGUACAAAAAAAAAAAAAAAAAAAAAUUCAAAUAAAUUUAUUUUCACUUGCAUCGCGUUGUUAUACAUUAUGAAAGGAAAACUGACAAAUUUCAUUGUUAUUUUCCGCGCUCACGAUAAAUAACAUAAUUUCGCCUAUUCCAACUUAAGGCCUAAAAUACCCGAAAUCGAAGUUGUGGGUUUUCCAAAAAUUAAUUCUUUGUGUUAUUCAUCAAUAUAGCGUCGAAUUCGUUGUCGUUAAAAAUGCAAAGGAUUUUUUCUGUAAAGCUUAACAUUUGAGGUCUCAUAAUUUUCUCCCUAGAAUGAGCUGUCAUUCAGAAAACGAACAUCAAAAUUCUCAUUUUUGUAGUGAAUGUGAAUUUUGAAGAAUGCAUAAUUCAAAGAUGAGAGCUCCGAAAAAAAAUGCUCUAGGGUGUGGGUUCUGGUUUAGAUAAACUAUAUGUUCAAAAUAAUUUUGAAGGCUAUCGGAAACCGGUAAGUUGGGACGUUCGCGGUUUGACGCGGAAUACCUCAUAUAUUAUACACAAUAUAUAUAUCCAUACAUAGGUAUACCUAUACAUAACAUACACUAAACAUAUGCUCAUGUUCUUAUGUAAUAGAACGAAAAACUGAGAGAAAGAGCUGGUAACCGAGAAACAAAAUGAAUAAUAUUAUCGUCGUACCAUUAUUAUUGCAUUAAUUGUUAUUAUUAUUCCAAUUAUCACUGUUGUGUUAUAUUUGAGAGUAUAUCAGAUUCCAAUUCUGGAAUCGCCCAGUAAUAGACGUUUCUACUUAGUAACUCGAUUCAUUAUCGUCGUAAGCAUUAAUAUUUGCAACACAAUCGGGAAAAAAAUUAUUGCAAUUAAAGGAACAAACACAAUAUACGGGCUGUUAAUUAUGAAAAUGAUUAUCACGAUAAUGACAAUUUGCAUUAAGAGUUUAAUGACCCGUCAGUAAGCGGUUUUUGGCGAUGAAUAAAUUUUCAUCCGAUUCGAAAGUUAUAUACAAUAUAUGCAUAUAUUAUAUUCAAUCAUACGGGAAUUGUUGUUAGUUCAAUGAAAUCAAUUUAUGUAUUAUGUUCAAUGGAAAUGAACCUCCGUUCAGUAGCUGCGAUAAAAACUGAAGUAGUCACAGACGUUGCGGCUAGUUUCGGAAAUUUCAAAGCAACCAAGGAAAAAAGAGAAAAGUGAAAAAUUCCACCGUUGUUAUUAAAAUACUUGGUUGGUGAAACUCGUUUCAAAGUUGUUGUUUUUUUUUUUUCAUCAUAAUUUUAUUAUCAAUUUAAAUAUUUAUGAGUAGUAAUUUUUCUUAUGCAGACUGUUAUAUUAUUAAAUAAUAAUCAUUAUAUAAAUCAAAUAAUAACCAUAUAAUAAUAACAAGUCCUCUCGACUCGAUGUCUUUUUAAUUGUGUAACCAAGAUGAGGUGCUUUUACAGCUGUUUGUCAUCUAUUAAUUCAACAUAAUCCGUUCUCAUUCACAAUUGUAUUGUAAUAGCCGUUUUAUCCAUUCAUGACAAUCACCAAACGCGCCUCGAUACAGUAGGAAUAUUUAUUCUUAACGACUUUAUACAUACCUAUCCAGAAUGUGACAUUUAUCUGAAAUGAACAGAAACAAAUAUAUAUAUAUACAUAUAUAUUACGAUAUAUAACCAACAAAAAAAAUUCCUUUCAAUUUUUUCACGAAUUUACUUUGCAGCUUUUGUAUUGUCGUUAAUUUCAAUGUACUAUACGUAUUACAUAUAAUAUUGUUUUCCAAAAAUAAAAUCUAGAACUCUCUAUACAUAUGAAUUUCUAAAUUAUUGUUUAUUACGCGUACAACAUACCUAAUUAUUUCGAUUCCUCAGGAGAGUAUUAUGAUUGAAAAAAUAUUCGCUUUGUUUGGAUAGGGUUCAGAAAUUAAAAUAACAAAUAAAGAUGACAUUAGUUUCCAUUUGAUUUUAUUUUAUUGUCACAUACGAUCAUUAUUCUAAUAUCUAUACAUUUUACAAACGCCUGCGCAGGAUGAUAAGUAAACGAAUAAAAUACACAGCGUAUAACUUCCUGGUCGAUAUUUAAGCAAAAUAAAGGAACAAAAA